UACUGUAGCGAAUAAUCAUAAUGUCUCCCCUUUUCUGUUCUUCUUGAAAUGCGCUUAUUUUCUUCUUAUAUAUUCCUCCUAAAUCAAGGCUCUUUGGAAAAAUCUGUUAUUGAUUAGAUUCAUUCUACUAUUAUUGAUCAGGGGUUGAGCCAAUACUGCCGUUUAUUAAGUGGCCGCACAACCAAGUAUGAGUGUCUAUUACAGUAGCAGCCAUAGAAGUGGGACAAUGGCUGGUGUUUUUCUGCUGCUUUUGCCCAUUUUCUUUCCCAGUCUUUUCACUCCUUUGAGCUAUGCCUCCCCCUCCAUUUUCUCGGAAUGGAAUGCUCCAAAACCCAGGCACUCGCGUCUUCUGAAGAGUGCUCUACAACGCCAAACUUCAUCUGAAGAACAGUCUGACCUAUGGAUGCCUUUGGCCUACCAAGGAUGGAAACCCUGUACUGAAUCUGUCAUCGCCUCUACACUACCUGAAAAAUCUGAGGGAUAUAUUCAAGUGUUCCUCGAUGGAGGAUUAAAUCAACAAAGGAUGGCGAUCUGUGAUGCAGUUGUUGUUGCCAAGAUCCUGAAUGCUACACUUGUGAUCCCUUAUUUGGAAGUAAAUCCUGUUUGGCAAGAUUCAAGUACAUUCGAGGAUAUCUUUGAUGUUGAUUAUUUCAUCAAUGUAUUGAAAGACGAUAUAGCAAUAGUUAAAGAGCUGCCCGAUGAAUUAUCUUGGAGCACACGAGAGUAUUAUGCAACUGGUAUUCGACCUACCAGAAUCAAGACAGCAUCAGUUCAUGCUUCGACAAACUGGUAUUUGGACAAUGUAUUGCCUGUCCUGCAGAGUUAUGGAAUUGCUGCAAUAGCACCAUUUUCUCACCGAAUGACAUUUGACAACUUGCCUAAGUACCUCCAACACCUUCGAUGUAAAGUGAACUUUCAAGCACUAGCCUUUGUUCCUCACAUAAGACAUCUUGGAGAUGUCCUUGUCAAUCGCCUCAGAGAUCCUUCUACCAAAGAUGGUAGUAAUUACAUUAGAGAGGUUAGUGAGAAGUACAAACUAGGAGCAGGGAAGUUUGUUGCUCUUCACCUUCGCUUUGACAAGGAUAUGGCUGCACAUUCAGCGUGUGAUUUUGGUGGUGGAAAGGCUGAAAAACUGGCAUUAGCCAAAUAUAGGCAAGUGAUUUGGCAGGGAAGAGUCCUAAACUCUCAAUUUACUGAUGAAGAGUUGAGAAGUCAAGGACGGUGCCCAUUGACCCCAGAAGAAAUUGGAUUACUGCUGGCAGCUUUGGGAUUUGACAAUAGCACUCGAUUAUAUCUUGCCUCCCAUAAGGUUUAUGGUGGGGAAGCCCGGAUCUCAACCCUGAGAAGUUUGUUUCCGCUGAUGGAAGACAAAAAGAGCCUUGCUUCUUCAGAUGAAAGAGCUCUUAUUAAAGGGAAG